AUGUUAGCAUUAUCCUUCCCUCAGUUUUCAACCUUUGAAUUGCCAUUAGAUGAUCAAAUGGUCGACAACCACAUGAACUGGGAUGGCCCUUUCAUGAACUGCAUGAACCAAGAAACCGGCACUUCUGAAUCUUACAUCCAAUUUGCUACUUGUAUGCCAGAAAUUUCCAUCGAAGAUCCCAAGCAGUCGUCUGUGAGUGGCGUCGAUCCCUCAAAUGUGAAGAAGUUAAGCCAUAAUGCUAAUGAACGUGAUCGGCGUAAAAAGCUGAACAAUUUAUACUCCUCGCUACGAACAAUGCUUCCGGGGCUCCAUCCAAAGAAGAAGUUGAGCAUUCCGGCCACUGUUUCCUAUGUCUUAAAAUAUAUACCGGAGCUUCAGAAACAAGUGGAGGGGCUAAAGAAAAGGAAGGAGGAGAUUCUAUCGAAAAUCACCAAGCAAGGAGACCUCAGCUAUCUCAGAAACAUUAGAAGCGAGGCAGCUUCUGUGCUGCCUUCUCAAACGAUAUCUGUGAGAGAAUGUGGCGAUAAAGAGGUUAUGAUUCAGAUAUGCAGUGUCAACAGCGACAAUGAAAGGCGAUGCCCGCUCUCUAUGGUUGUACAGAGUUUGGAAGACGAAGGCCUUCUUGUGCUAAAUUCUUCUUUCACCAUUGCCGGGGGCAAAGUCUUCCAUAAUCUCCAUCUGCAGGCACAGAGGAAUGAAAACCUUUUCAGGUUGACCGGGAUCAUUUCAUUAGGUGGAGCUGCAGUGUAUGUAGCGAAUUCUACGUCUGCAUGUAUGUGGCAUGCAUGCUUGGGCGACAUGAGUGAGAGGGGCAUGAAGGGUGUUCUUGAUUUGUGCAUUCUGAUGUAUGGAGGCCAUCGCUUGUAG